UGAUCUUGUUCUGGCUGGACGUCGCAGAUCUUCACGCGUGGUAGUUCUGCGAGUCGCGAGCGCUCUAACUCUGCUGGUGUGGAAUCGUAAGCGAAUAUGGCAGCAGCAGCCAACUAAGUCCGAAGAACUGUAGUUUCUUGCUGCAACUACAAGGUAAACAUAUUCUAAUCGUAAUCGUCAUGUCAUUUCCCCAAAAACAAACGCAAACCAGUACCAAAUCGACGCGAGAAAGUAUUGCCACGACGACAGUAUAGAAGCUGCAAGUGCAAACAGCUGCUAGAGCCCGUACCACAAUUAUAAACACGAACACGGCUAGUACGUUCGUCGGACUCAUCUUCACGCUUUUUCCUACUUCCUUCUUGUGGUUGUUUCACAUUGAAAAUGCCGUUCGAUAAUAUGCGCGACCCGCUGGCUGUGUUCGAGGAGAAGGAUAUGCAGUCUUACGGGCUUUCCCGUCGGCCGACGACGGCCGACAAAAUUGCUAUGAUGGUGCAAAUACAGAAAGAGCUGGAGAAGCCGGUGUUUCGCCCCAAAACCCGCGUUGUGCUGCGGAACCUGGUAGCGCGGCCGGAGCUGAAUGGGCGGCUCGGGGAGGUCGUGACCGAGCUGAAGGAGAAGGGGCGCUUUCGGGUGAAGCUGCUCGCGGAGCCCGACGCAGAGGCGGAGGUGGUUGAAGAGGAAACUCCAGAUAACGCAAUAAAGACGGGCGUCAAAAAUGGUGACGAACAAACUAAAGACCCAUUUUUCGGGGAUCAUCAGGAUGAUGUGGCAAGUCCUACCGCUAGUACUACUACCACUUCCUCCACAGAAGAACGGGGGGCGCCCGACGAAAGCGCGGAAAUGCUCGCGGUGAAGCCGGAAAAUUUGCAGGAAGCACGGGGCAAGGACAAGUGGAUACGCGUCACGUACUCCGUCACCAUAAAUUCCGUGACGAGCAACGGGGAGGACGGUCCGCGCGCGUUCCCGAAGGACGUGCGGUUGCGUGCACCCCUCGACUAUGUCUUAGAUCACCCUUUGGAGGAGGACUUCGCUCGGCCCUGGUGGCUGCAGCCGAUCCCACAGCAGAAAAAAGUUUUCACUUUGCCGCACGAACACCACGGGCAAAUGGAUGAAAUAUUAGAUGCGAAAAACAAAAAGAAGCAACCACCUGCUGCUCAGGACGGGGGCGCGAAAAACAAAGGAGACGAAGAACUAGAGCCUGACAAUCAAUCCAAGAGCCCAGCGACAGCACCCGCCAGGGACGUAGAUCGCAAAGAACCAGCAGCUGCUGCUUUCGCCGAUGCCGGUCUUCCAAAAUAUGAGUACAAACCUCUCAUCGCCGAGAAUCUCGUGCAGAGAAAGGAAAAGUAUGAUGAUUACGAUUGGCUCGUCGACUGCUACCGCAUGCGCCUCAGUGACGAAAUGUACUGGUGUGUUGGCUCCACGUACAAUGGCGAGCACCCGGAUAUGAAGAUCGAGGGGCGAAAGUUUUACCCUAACCGCCGUGGUUUUUACGCCCAGGCCAGGUCGGCCACAGAGCUCAAGAAACUGAUUCUACUAGAUUUGGCGCUGUUUCUCGGGUUGUGUGCGUUCAAGAAGAUGUUGCCACCCGACUUCGAUACUGAGAAGUUUCUCAGCGCUGCGCGAAGGGAAAACAAGCUUGUGACGCCGUUUCCAAAGUCGAUGGCCAUUGACAAGUGGGGGGGCGAAAAUGUCUUUUGCCACUGCCGCUCGCUGCGCCGCACGGCGGAAGCAAUCUAUGGAACGCCGCUGGCGGACCUGAGCAAAGACCCCAUCUACAAUCGGCUUGUGCGUGCCUGGCGUGACGAACUGCACCUGGAAAAGCCGCCACCCGAUCAAUGGGCUGAGUCGAAGGACGAACUUCCUCCAGCUGCUAGUCCCGAUGGAACUGCAACUGCUACCAGCAGUGCAGAGUCACAAAAUGCCACUCGGCCGGUGCAUUUCACAACGUUGCUGGAAAAUUUUUUUCUGAACAACAGGCUCCUCACGCGCAUGGCCCCCAAUCCUUUCGCGAACGACAACAUCAAGCGCUUGUGGGAGACGAACUUUUUGAAACACCCCGAUUUCCUCAUUCCGGCGGAGCUGGUGGAGCGGUGCGCGACCCUGUCGGAAAACAUUGACACGGAGGCCUACUCGAUCAAAAUCUUUCCCUGGGAAGAGGAAAGACCCCCCGGGAACAGUGCGGUUCGCAUUGUCCGAAUGAUUCACGCGACGUCGUCGAAACUUUUUCACCUUCCGCUCGAGCACAACAUCGAUGACCUGUGCCUCUUCACAUUAAAAGAACUGGCCCCGGCUUCGUUGGACGCAAUUGCGUCGAUGCACACCAAAACGAUGGGGCAGGGUGCGGAGGAAAUCAACGCAUUUGUGGAAGACGUCAAGCAGAAGUACGGAAUCCGGCACCAGCCCUUUCACACUCGUUCUACGCAGAAGUAGGCUGGAUUUGGAUUCUAUGUAGCUAGUAGGUCGUGCAAGGUCCGCUGACAAAGCCAUCUACUGAAUGUCUUUCCGUACAAGAGUUGGACAAAAGCAGAGGAAAUCCAUGGGCUAAAGCGUAUUCAAGUUCAUUCCGUUCUUGUUACCAGGUAGUUGUAUUGGUUCUGUCAGUCUCGUUGAUUCCAUUAACGAUACACCCUAGGGACUUCUCGUAUCUGACUGUGAAGCUGUUGAUCAUAGAGCGCCAUACCCUUGUGUAUGUUUGUGCAUGUGCCGCACAGAAAAGUGAAAAAUGAACGAAGGAGAAAGAAAACAUCAACAUCGAUCAAAAAACAGCAAGGAAG